AAUUAUGCUGGCAGUGAACAGUUCUCUGAAAACUCAAAUAAAGGAAAAAGAAAAGGAAAACCUCAAAGCGAUAUCAAUAAUCAUCUUGAAACUAUUGAAGAAAAAUAUACUAAAUUAACUCCUCCAACUCAAGAAAAAUAA